AUGAUCAACAUAGCGGGCGUGAUCUCCAUCAUCCUGUUCUACGUCCUCAUCCUGGCCGUGGGGAUCUGGGCGGGGCGCAAGAAGCCGCCAGGGAACGACUCCGAGGAAGAGGUCAUGCUGGCAGGACGGUCCAUUGGAUUGUUUGUUGGCAUCUUCACUAUGACCGCGACGUGGGUCGGUGGAGGCUACAUCAACGGCACCGCUGAAGCCAUCUAUACUUCAGGGCUGGUGUGGUGUCAGGCGCCCUUCGGGUACGCCCUGUCACUCGUGUUUGGCGGUAUCUUCUUCGCCAAUCCGAUGCGUAAGCAGGGCUACGUGACCAUGUUGGAUCCUCUCCAGGACUCGUUCGGUAGUCGUAUGGGAGGUCUGCUCUUCUUGCCCGCACUCUGUGGGGAGGUGUUCUGGGCUGCCGGCAUCCUCGCAGCACUUGGCGCCACGCUGGCCGUCAUCAUCGACAUGGACCACCGCACGUCGGUCAUCUUCAGCGCCUGCGUGGCCGUGUUCUACACCCUGUUCGGAGGCCUGUACUCCGUGGCCUACACGGACGUCAUCCAGUUGUUCUGCAUCUUCAUCGGCCUCUGGAUGUGCAUCCCCUUCGCCUGGGCCAACGAACACGUCAAACCUCUCAGCUCUAUGGAAGUCGACUGGAUAGGAAAGAUCGACCCGGAGUAUUACUGGUUCUACGUGGACUACGGGUUACUGCUCAUCUUUGGAGGGAUCCCGUGGCAGGUAUACUUCCAGCGUGUUCUAAGCAGCAAGACCGCCGGCCGAGCCCAAGUUCUGUCGUACGUGGCAGCUAUAGGUUGUAUCUUCAUGGCCAUACCGCCCGUACUUAUUGGAGCCAUCGCUAAAGGCACCGCAUGGAACGAGACCGAGUACCACGGCCCGUUGACAGCUGACGGUGAGUUAACGUCUGAGCAGACCUCUAUGAUCCUGCCGCUCGUGCUCCAACACCUCACUCCAGACUUCGUGUCAUUCUUCGGUCUGGGCGCCGUCUCAGCGGCUGUCAUGUCGUCAGCUGACUCCAGUGUACUCAGCGCGUCCUCUAUGUUUGCGAGGAACGUGUACAAGUUGAUAUUCCGUCAGAACGCCUCUGAGAUGGAGAUCAUUUGGGUGAUGCGUGUGUCCAUACUGGUGGUGGGAGUUCUCUCCACCAUCAUGGCUCUCACCAUCCCUUCUAUAUACGGCUUGUGGUCGAUGUGUUCGGACCUGGUGUACGUGAUCCUGUUCCCCCAACUGUUGAUGGUGGUUCACUUCAAGCAUCACUGUAACACGUACGGCUCGCUGGCGGCCUACAUCGUCGCUUUAAUGGUCCGCCUGUCUGGUGGUGAGAAGCUCCUGGGUCUGCCCGCUCUCAUCCACUACCCUGGCUGGGAUGAGGUCAACGAGGUGCAGCUGUUCCCAUUCAGAACACUAGCUAUGGUGCUGUCACUAUUCACACUGGCGUUCAUCUCCUGGCUAUCCGUGUUCUUGUUCAACUCCGGUUACUUGAGUCCUGAAUCUGAUUACUUUAACUGCGUCGUGAACAUCCCCGAGGACAUCAGGAGAGUGGACGAGCCGUCCGAGGCCGGGGAACAGAUGUCUGUGUUGGGAGGAGUUCCCGGACGACUGUAUGGAGCUGCGUCCACACUCGUGGGCCCGGACGAGAAGUCAGGAAGGAUCAACCCGGCCCUGGAACCCGACGACGACGACCUGGACGACCCCAACGACGGACCCACGCCGCUCUUUGGAACCAGCAGCGCGCCCCCGCCCGUCCAACCGUUCGGAAAACAGACGGCUUUCUGA